CGAGCGGCCGCAGCGCGGCGGGGGAGCGGCAGCGCGGCCCUGGGGCUGCCCGCGGGGGAAGCGGCGGCGGUGCCGCGGCGCUUCUUCAAAUGCGAUGACUCAGCAGCUACAGGAUGAAUUUGACAGCAGUGUGGAGAACGCAGAAGCUUGGAUGAAGGCCAUCCAAGAGAGACUGAGGAUCAAUGACAACACCAAAGGACCUCGAUCUGCCCUAGAAGCCAGACUGAGAGAGACUGAGAAAAUACGUGCACUAGAACCAGAAGGCAGCUUGAAAAUGGACUUGAUUCUUGUGAAGGCAGAUGCUGCUCUUCGCAGCAUCAGUGAGGAUAAGAAGCAUGAGGUACUCUCUAAACUGAAAGACAUUAAAGCCUUGUGGGAAGAGACAGCCAUAUAUAUUACUCAUUGCCACAGCCGCAUUGAGUGGGUCUGGCUGCACUGGAGCGAGUACCUGAAAGCCCAGAAUGAGUUUUACACAUGGAUUCACAACAUGAGGGUGACCUUGGAGCCUGACAUUGAGUUGCAGCUUGGCUUAAAGGAGAAGCAGUGGCAGCUGAGCCAUGCUCAGGUUUUGCAGAAUGAUGUCCUAAAUCAGUCAGUCCUGCUGGAAAGGCUGCUGGAGGAAGCUGCUUCAUUGUUCAGCAGGAUAGGUGACCCCAGCGUUGAUGAGGAUGCUCAGAAGAAAAUGAGGGUGGAAUAUGAAGGAAUCAGACAAGAAGCUCAGAACAGAGUGAAACUGCUUGAAACAAUAACCAAGGAACAUGAGCAGUACAGCACCAGUGUCAACCAGUUCCAGUCGUGGCUGAAUGGUGUCACAGAGAGAUUAAACUGCUGCAUUGGAGAAGCAACCAAGUCUUCAGCAGAGGACAAGCUAAAGGCACUGAAGGAAAUUGCCAAAGACAUUAGGAGUGGUGGAAAGAAAUGGAAGUACCUUGAAAAUCAAUGUGCAGAGGUGAUUCAGAAUACCUCUCCACUUGGAUCUGCAAGACUGAAGGAUGAACUUGAAGAGCUUAGAAAAGCCUUGGAGAAGUUGAAACUGCUGAGUAGUGAGGAGGAGGAGAGAUUGCUCAAGAUCCAACAGUCUGAAAGUGCCUAUGAGUCCCAAGCCAGACAAUUAGAAGCAGACAUCCAGCAGCUGAGGAAAGAUCUACAGAGACUAGAAAAUGACCUGGACCCUGGGGAAGGGGAAAAGACUGAAGAUGAGUUUGUAAUUCUGUGGAAAAAAUGCAAUGCAACAAGAGCAGCUCUGGCUGCAGAAGAGUCAAAGAUUGAGAGGCUGAAGGCUCAGCUUAAGGAGCUGCUACGGUUUUCCCAAGAUGUGCAGCCACACGCUGAGAGUGUUGUCUCUGCAAUACAGCAGUAUCAAAGUGUUAGAAGCAAGACUUCUAAAAUGAGCGCUGAUACAGAAACCCAGCUGUGGAGACUCAUCCAAAAUCCCCUGCAAAGUUUUGAACAGUGGAAGCUGUCAGUCCAGAUGCUCCUGGAGACUUCAGAGCCAGAACUGGAUCACAUUGAGGCUGCUCUGGCUGAAAGCUCCCAGUUCAAAGAGAAGUUGAUGACAUUACAGAUAAAGAAAGAUAUGCUAAACAAUGUCCUUGGUGAGGAAAAAGCACAGUCUUUCCUUCAAGAAUUAGCUGAAGCAUCAAAGGAGAGAGAAAUUCUACACAAAAGUCUGCUGCAAAGCAAGAGCAAACUCCAGAAUUUGAUAUUGCAACAUAAGAACUUUGAUGCUGGUUUUGCACCAUUGCAGAAGAAAUUAUCUGCCAUCAAAGCCAAAUUAGAUCUGGAGAAGGAGCCACGGCCUGACCUCUUGGGUAAAAAGACACAACUCCAGAGACUCCAGAUGAUCCAAGAUGACUUGGCAGAGCUUGCAAUUCACAUGGAGGAGGUAGAGAAGCUUGUUCAGUCAAAUACCACACACAGGCAUGAAAUGAACCAACUUUCAUCUGACUCUCAGGCCCUGAAGAGAUCACUGGAGAUGAUGAUACAGCAGAGUGAAGACCACGUUCAGAAGCAUUGGGCAUAUAAUGACAAACUGUCUGACCUCCAGCAGUGGAUCUCAGUAACUAGGGAGAAGAUUGACUCCUGCCAGGAUGCUGAUGGAGAGCAGAACACUGAGGGCAGGCUGGAAGACCUGGAGAGAUUGCUGGCUGAGUUUCCAGAUAAGGAGAUCCAGCUGCACCUUGUGGAAGCUCAUGGCCAGUUGGUCAUGGAGAAUUCUUCUCCAGAGGAGACUGCCCAUGUCCAGGCAGAGCUGGAUCAACUGAAGGAGUCGUGGAAAUCAUUGAAGGAGAUGGCAACUGGCCUCCUCAAAAAGUGGCAGUUAAAUAGACCAGGGGCUGACAAGAAGAAGAAAAGAGCAUUUGUGGACAGCAGAUGGAUGUCUAGACCUACUUUCCACCUUUUUGAUGUCGAUCCCAGCCAUAAGCAGGAGAAGAUGGUAGAAGGGCAAAGUGCAAGCAGCCAUUUGAAGCUCCUACAUGACUUUGAAGAGUGGCUACGAGGAGAAAACACCAAACUGACCAAAAUUCUUGCUGGGACUCCAUCUUCCACAGAGGAAAUUAAGGCACACCAGAGCAAACUUGAGGAGCUGCAGUCCCGUGUGCCUCAUGGUCAGCAUCUCUUUGAGGACCUUCUUCAUCUUCAUCCUGUGGUUGGAAGUUCUGAAGGCCUGGAGGACCUGCGUUACCGAUGGAUGCUCUACAAAUCCAAGCUGAGAGAAUCCCUGAGCUCACCGAGUGCUGGAUCUUUGGAGGAACCAGACAGAUUCAGAAAGAAGCGCUCUGGAGGCGUGUGCUCAUACCUGCACCGCGUGCGCCGGGCAGCGCUACCCCUGCAACUGCUCCUCCUGCUCCUCCUGCUCCUGGCCUUCCUCCUGCCCCUGGCAGAGGAGAGCCACAGCUGCACCCUGACCAACAACUUUGCUCGCUCCUUCAAGCUGAUGCUGCGAUACGAGGGCCCACCUCCGACAUAGCUCCUUGGCACGGCACGAGGUGAUGGCAGAAGGGCAGACUCCUUGCUUUUAAUUGCAACUAAUGUAGAUUUUAGGGCUUCUAACACAGCCAUCAUGCCAAUGGGAUAGAUCACAUAAUGAAGCAUAAGAUUAAUCCACUUUAAUCAGGUAUUUGAGCAAAAUUAAUAUUUUUACACUUUUUUAUUAUUGUAUGUAUAAUAUGUAUAUAGAGAUUGUGUAUGUAUGUACAUAUAUAUAUAUAAAUGCAUAUCUGUGGUCAAACUAACAACCACCCUCCACUUAUCCACUGUUUAAAGAUAAUUCUGCAAAGUUUCUGCCAUCUGCCAGCAAGCAAUACUGAAGGAUGGUGUUGUGGGAUUUUCUGGGUGAUUUGUAACAUCAGAUUCUUGUUUACAAAUGAAGUCAGAGCAAGUAUGAGAACAUGUGGUCAUGCACCAGGGUGUAAACUGGAGAGCAGGCACAGUAGAAUCAGGUUUGGAUAGAGUGGUUGACAUUCAGUCCAAGGAAGAUUUGGACUUUUCUCUUUGAAAUCUUGAGCUGAUUUUUCGGUAUCUGGAUACAGGGAUUGCAGAAGCUAAUAGAAAUGUUUCUACUGACUUCAGUAGGAGUGGGAGUGGACCUCCUCUUGUUCUUAUUUUUUAGAAGAUUUCUUCUCCAAUUACUGUAUUCUCCAGCCUACCUGAAUCAGGAGAGGUGGAAUACAGUGGGAAGAAAGCUAGGGAAAAAAAGAAAAAAGAAUAUAUUUUUUUAGCAUCUCUCUAGCAGGAGAACUUUUAAAAUCAGGUCAUAAUUUUCUGAACAAAUUUGUGAGCACUGAACAAAACCUUGUAUCACCAAUAUUGUCUAUAAAAAAAUAGUAGGUUUUUUGUGUUUGUGGGGUUUUGUGGUUUGGUUUGUUGGUUUUUUUACUUUAUAAAGAGGCAUUUGGUAAUGGAUUCUAAAGCCUGAACAGUGGGAUGCAGCCUGGCUCAGUGUCAGUAAAGCAAAAGUUGGAAGUACUUUAGUAAUACCACCCUGGAAACAAGAUUCCUACCUAGGAUUCCUUUGUAUUAAUGGUUUAUUGAAAUUGUGUAAACUGAUUGUAUCAAAGACAGUGAAGCAUAGAUUUCUAUGUAAUCUAAACUCUAAAAUUAUGGCAACUUUUCAUUUAUUUACCUAACCCUAUGUCUGAUUUAUCACAUUUUUGAAUGUACAUUAUACAUUACCUUUUAUUGUAAAAGCAAUUCUCACUUCAGAGUGAUGAAGGCAUUUUUAGUGGUGUUUUACCUAAUUGACUCCUUUUUCCAUUUCUGAGAGCUAUCCCUUAUUGUCUCAUACAGUAGUAAUCAUGAGGAAAAAAAAAUAACAGAAGAAACAGUUACUUUCCCUCUCCUGGCUGUGUUGCAGGAUGAAUUACUCUUCUGUGUAUCAACACUUGGUGUUGUUUUCUGCAUAAGGUCUAAAAUAAUACUGUAGCUGACAGACUGAAGGAGGAAGGCACUUACUUAACAAAAUCAUUAAAGUUCUGUUCAAGAAGCAAGCUUGUGUAGAAUCAGGAGGCAUAACAGCAUGGAGCUCAGUUUAGGCACAGGAUUGGGAGAGCAGGCAGUGUGAAAGAGGAGCAGCUAAACAUAGAGAGGAGAGGUGUCCAUCAAUUUGUAAAGCCUUAGAAAAGGAGUCACAAUUAACACAGAGGACAAAAGCACAGGCUCUAUGGAGGAAAAUAAUCUCAGAAUCCUUUUGGCUCCCCUUCCCUUCUACAGUAUUGGUAAUAUGACAUAUUAAACAGCUUUUCUUCAGUUUUCAAGAUUUAAAAUGGGGCGAGUAACAGGGCUUCUACCAGUGUCCUGAGGAGAUUUCCACCACCAGGACUCUGUUUCUGACUAUACUGGGUUUGCUAGUGUUGGAUUAAAAUGCCAGAAGUCUGCUAAAAGUGUAAAGAGUGGAAAUUAAAGGAGAGACAACAUUGAUGGUGAAGGUAAAGGAGAGACAACAUUGAUGGUGAAGGUAUCAGUCAAAGUGCAGGGGAAGCAUGGAGCAGGAGCUGAGAUGAUGUGGGUUAAAAACCUGGCUGUCAGGAGAAGCUGACAGCAGAAGAGCUCUCAGAGCAGGCAGAAGGGACGGGAAGCAGAAAGGUGAGGAGAGUCCAUGUAUGC